AUGAAAUAACCUCUCUGUCGCAAGUCCUUAUCAUAAACAUGUCUGCGCCCUUCGAUAAACAAAAACGACCGAAAGUUGGCGUCGGUGUAAUUAUUACAAGUAAAGACCACCCAGGUUGUGUUUUAAUUGGGAAGAGAAAGGGAACUGCCCCGGGUGAAGGCCAGUUUGCUCUGCCUGGCGGACAUCUCGAAUUUGGAGAAAGCUGGGUUGACUGUGCUGUGCGUGAGGUCCAGGAGGAAACAGGACUUACACUGCACAACGUAGAGUAUUAUACGGCUGUAAAUGCAGUUGAAGUGGACAAAGACUAUCACUAUAUCACAGUGUUUAUGAGAGGGGAGUCAGACAGUAAACAGGAACCAGAAAAUUUGGAAGCAGAUAAAUGUGAAGGUUGGAGCUGGCAUGAAUGGGAAAAAUUACCACCACUGGAGUUGCUGUUCUGUCCACUCAGGGUCUUCAGAAAACAAGGAUUUAAUCCAUUUCAAACUAGUAUUCAGUGUUGUUUUGAGGAAAAAUCUGUUCUGGGAACAAAAUUUAUGUAUUGUGUCGAGCAUUUCCUUGUCUUGGAAUCAUGGGAAGAAUGUGCGAUACGAGAAACGCUUGAAGAGACUGGUCUCCGCUUGACGAAUGUCUGUUUCUCCACAGUUGCGAAUGGUGUAGAUCUAGCUAAUGACUACCAUUAUCUAGAGCUCUAUAUGACUGGCGAAGUAGAUACAAGCUAUAAAUUAGAACCGGAAAAUCCAGAGCCAGAGAAAUGUGAAGGUUGGUUCUGGAUGUCAUGGGAAGCGCUUCCUCCAUCAAAUGAACUGUUUUUCCCGCUAAGGUUAAUAAAGGAGCAAGGGUACAAACCAAACCUACCAUAGCACCUAAAAUGAAUAUCUUACAUAAAAUCAAACAUUAUGGCGUAUGUAUUUACUUUGGAAAAGUGCCAGGAAGAGAACAACAAAUCUGAGAACUACUGAAUUGAAAUGAUGAGAAGGCGAACCAUCUAUAUCAAACUUUGAUGGACAAGUGUGAAAGAUUCAAAACGUAUUGGUAUUUUCUGGAGAUGAAUAAGAGCAAAGAACGUUUAUAAUAAAGGACAUGAAUUUAUUUAUUAUUGUAAAAUGUCAUUGCGAUGAAAACUGGCAGCCAUCAUUCCAUAGUAACUUGGAUGCAGAUUUGCGUAUACCGUUGAUGUCCAUGACGACACAUCCAGAUGCGACAACAUCCCAUGAAGCAUCACUAGACCGGUGUAACCACAAGAAAGAGCCCGAUCAACAAGUGUUCCAGCUUUGACAAGAAAGUUAAAAUCCAAUGUGCUAGCCCAUUUGCCGACAGCCUUAAACGAUAAAUGUAAAUGAGUUAGUUUGCUUCGUUAAACAAAUUGUUACUAUAACGUAUAUUAAUAUGCUUCUAUCAAGGCAAGGUCAACCUGAUACUAUAUUUUUGUAAAAUUCUGAUCUACUCUUUAAAGUAGUAAAAUAGUUUCGAACCUUGUAAUCACAUAUAAAGCUGAUGAAAUAAAAUUGAAACAAAUUUUA